AUGAACAUCUCUGGAUCAGGAUCCUCUUCUGAGUCAGUGAGAGAAUUCAUCCUUCUGGGUUUUCCCUGCAGCAGGGAGAUUCAGGUCAUCCUGUUUAUGUUCUUCUCCAUCAUCUACCUCCUGACUCUCAUGGGAAAUGGAGCCAUUAUCUGCGCUGUUUUUUGGGAUCAACAUCUCCACACCCCCAUGUACAUCCUGCUUGGGAAUUUUGCAUUCCUGGAGAUCUGGUAUGUCAAUUCCACUGUUCCAAACACACUGAUCGACUUCCUCUCAGAGACCAAGACCAUCUCUUUCACUGGAUGCUUCCUUCAGUUAUAUUUUUUCUUUUCCAUGGGCUCCACUGAGUGCUUCUUUCUCUCAGCAAUGGCCUUUGAUCGCUAUUUUGCCAUCUGUCAUCCUCUGCAUUAUGCCACAGUUAUGACCAGACAACAGUCUUUCAACCUAGCAAUUUCCUGUUGGGUAUGUGGCUUUCUCUGGUAUCUGGUACCUGUUAUUCUCAUCUCCCAACUGCCUUUCUGUGGUCCUAAUGCAAUUGACCACUUUGUAUGUGACUCAGGCCCACUGCUGACCCUUUCAUGUGCUCCUGCCCCCGUGUCCAAGCUCAUCAGCUAUACCCUAAGCUCCCUCAUCAUCCUCCUUAGCUUUCUCUUCAUCCUCAUCUCCUAUGCCCUGGUUCUACUUGCUGUGCUUCAGUUGCCCUCAGCAUCCAGUCGGCAUAAGGCCUUUUCGACAUGUGGAUCCCAUUUGUCCGUGGUGCUGUUAUUCUACGGGACGAUUAUGGUGAUGCACGUGAGCCCUGGGUCCAGCCAUUCUACCCUGAUGCCAAAGAUCAUGACCUUGUUCUAUGCAAUGGUGACUCCACUCUUCAACCCUUUGAUUUAUAGUCUUAGGAAUAAGGAAAUGAAAAAUGCUCUCUGGAAAGUUCUG